AUGGUUGCAGACGCCCUAGUUUAUCACCCUGCGGUGACCCAUUACCUCCGAUAUGUUGCGACCACGAUCGGCCGUGACAAGGUGCUUCGUACGAUCCAAUACUUCAGCAGAUUCUACGCCUGGUAUCUCUAUCGCACGAACAACCCAACGAGUGCCAUUCAACCAUGGAACGUGAUCAAGACCCAAUUCGGGCUGACGAGGAAGAUAAUGCGUGUUGGGAAAUUCGUUGAACACGUGCGCGCUGGUUCGGAGAUCUACGAUGCUGCCAUGAAGUCGGGCAAUGGCGAUAAGAUUGUCCAAUACCUCCAGAUCCUCAGGCAGAUCGGCUACGCCGGUUACCUAUUUUUCGACAUGAUGACGUUGCCGGAUGCAAUGGGCCUCAAGAAGGAUCCCAAGGCAAAGAGCCUUCAGGCGACUGCAUAUCGAUUCUGGUUCGCUGGUUUGAUGGCUAGCGCAAUCGCCGGAAUCUACAGCACCUACCAAUUGAGAGAGAGGACAAAGGCAGUCGAUGAGAAAGACGCAGAGGCGAAGGUUGAAAAGGUCAAGAUUGCCAGACAACAACAAAUUGUCAACACCCAACUGGUGUCUGAUCUUUGUGAUCUGACGGUACCCAGCUCAGCUCUUGGGUACGCCAACUUCGACGAGGGAAUUAUUGGUUUGGCAGGAACAACGAGCAGCUUGAUCGGAGUCUGGGGAGCAUGGCAAAAGACUGCUUGA